CUACAACACGCAAACUUCUUCCGUGAGUUCAAAGCAUCAGCAAUACGAAACUCAGAAAGUAAUCGUUGAGCUUGUCGGCACCGUGAUGGCGGAAAUCUUGUACUUACCGUGGCUCUCAUACGCCAUGGAACAACCGGCCCAGCCGCAGAGCCUCUUUCUUGUUUUCUACAUACUCCUUUUAGGCUCUAUGCUAUGGGCGAUUCGAAAACCUAAACGCAUUCGUGCCUGGGCCUACCUCUUUAACGGGCCUAGCAUUGUUCAUUGUGAAUACCAGAAAUCUCGUGGACAGCCUUUCGAGAUUUACGCCCCGGACGUACGCAUGGUCUUUGUAUCUUCACGAGAGCAUAUUAAAGAACUGGACAAUGCCCCUGACGCCGUGCUCUCACUGAAUGGUGCAGCGAAACAUAUGCUUCAGCCAGUCUAUACGAUGAACGGAUUCAACUGGUUUGACCGACGUGGCGUCGAGGGCGUGGGUUUCGUCCGCACGCUACGUACUCUUCUAACCAACAAUAUACCCCAGCUUCUCCCAGACCUUGGUGUGCUGACUCGAACGUGCUGGGCCGAGUUGCUAUCCAAACAAGAAACUAUCGAUGGAACCACACUCGCUCCUGUGUACCCGAUGAUGAUGAACCUGGUAGUGCUAUUGAACGGACGGUCGCUGUUCGGCGAGGAAUUAAUCAAGAGUGAAAGUUUUACGGCCUCCGCCCUGGGAUAUGUCGAAGAAACCCUACUCAACGCGGAAAUCGUGAAACUAUUCCCAAAGCCAUUUGCUCCAUUUGUCGGGGGGCUGCUAGGCUACUUUCUCAACUCCCACAAGACAUUCUUUGAAAGCUUGAUCCCCAUGACUGAACAGAGGGUCAAAGAGAGGGACGAUAGGAACUUAGGGCGUACAGCCCCCGAACGUGCCGAUUGCAUCCAAUGGAUUAUGGAGACAGCACCGAAGCAGAACCCUUGGUCAGCGGAACGGGUCAUCUACGAAUUGAUGGCGAUCUGGUUUGGUUCAGUUCACAUAUUGACGACAACUAUCGUUUACGUGAUCCACGACCUCUGCCUUCACCCCGAAUAUAUCGAGCCGCUCCGGUACGAGCUGGACACAUCUUAUCAGGAGUUCGAACGUACAGGACAAGGUCUGCCGCUUCUAGACAGUUUUAUCAAGGAGUCCGCGCGUCUUACGCCAGUAGAGUCUAUGAGUGUUCGGCGCUGUGCACUUCAACCCUUUUCGCUCUCCGAUGGGACGAAAGUCGGUGUCGGUGAGUGGGCAUGUGCCCCCUCCGGCGCCAUAAACACGAGUGCCGAGUACUAUCACUCACCUGAAGAGUUUUCCGGUUUCCGGUUCGUCGACCCUACCAUUCUGUCAAGAGCCCAAGGUGCUUCUGUGCCAGCAGCAAGGCAGUCGAAGUCUUCCAGACUCACUGAUGUUGAGCAUUCGUUCUUAGUGUGGGGGACUGGACGCAUGGCCUGCCCUGGCAGAUACUAUGCAUCCGCCUUUAUGAAGCUCGUCAUCGCCUAA